AUGAUGGUUAUUCAAUUGGGAGGGAUUGUCAACAUUUUCUGGUUCAGUUUCAGCAGUCAAAUCAUCGCGAAGGAGAUAAGAGACGAGGUGAAGGUAAUAAGAGAAACAACCCAAAUCGAUCUUAGUAAAUACGACAGGUGCGUCCAUCCAGAUGGCUCAGAAGGUACGGAAUCCAGGCAUGGCUUCAUUACAUACUCUCUGAUUGAAUCAUCCUUCUAUAUCACAUGUUACAGCGGCGGUAAAGAAGUUCAUAUCAUCAUUCUCAUUUCAAAACAUCACACUCUUGAGAAUAAACUCGAAGGUACGGGGAAGAAUCUAAUAUGGAGUUGCAAGUACCAUCUAGUCUUCAACGACUUCGUGAAAUCUUCCACCAUUCAGUCAUCAGAUAUCUUCAUAAAUCUCUUCUCCAGUGACAGAAUUCUUCUGAAAAGAGUCAAACAAGAUCUUUCCUUAGUUAAUUAUCACCAGCUAAUGGUUAAGUGGACGGCACCUGCUGCCUUUGAUGGGAGCGAAACUGUCUUCAUCCUGGAGUUCGUAGUCCCAAUGGGAUCUAAAACAAUCACGGAUACCAUCAUGCAUAAGACAGAUAAGAUAAUUAUUCCUCAUCGUUUAACCCUUGAGCCAUUAGUCGUCCCAGUAAAAGUCAUAGUGACCUGUAAAGCCACAUCACACCCGCCAGCAAAUGGAUACAAAAUCGAGCUGGUAGCUGGAGAUGAAGACUCUCUGACGAUUAUUGAAAGGAGGGUAGUCUUCUACGAAGUGGGGACAUACGUGCUUAACUGCCUAGCGUUCAAUUCAAUCUCAAACAUUACCUUUAAUGCCAGUGCCACUUUCACAACUACCGUAAUAGUUUUUUCAGCUGAUAACCGCCAUGUAGAGGCAAAAGUCUGCCAGGAAGUUAUCUGCGUGCCAGAAAGCGACUACUACGUUGAUAUCAUGAUACUGAGCGUUGGGGUGAUGCUGGAGUAUCUGGAUACAAACAUCGUGAAGAUAAAGAAACGAGGCCAAUACUCCAUCUCGUGUAAGACCCACCACAACAAAUAUCCGGAGAACGUCAUCUUUGUCAAUGGCAGUGUUACCGUUAUAGGGCAUGAAACAACAGAACCAGUUUCAGAAAUAAUGUGGCCGGUAAUAGGGACUGCCUCGUUUAUACUGGUCACAAUUGCGAUUUUUGUGGUCUUAUACAUGAGAAAGAAAUUCGACACUUGGAUUCUGGGGACAAGUCAAAGAGAAAGAGAAAGCUCGGAUGUUAUCUCCGGGGACAUAGGCUCACAUGAAUAG